AUGAAGCUGUCACUGCUUAUCACCUCCGUCGCUGCUGCUGCCGUUGAGGCGCACGGCAUUUUCCAAAAAAUCUCGGUCAACGGUAACGCCAAAGGCUCACUCGAGGGUUUGCGAGCGCCGUCGACCAACAACCCUGUUACCGACGUGACUAGCACCUCCUUGAUCUGUGGCGCAGCUGGCACCACAUCACAGUCGGUCGUCGCUGCGAACCCGGGCGACAAGAUCGGGACAUGGUUCCAACACGUUAUCGGUGGCGCACAAUUCCCCAACGACCCAGACAACCCGAUUGCGAGCAGCCAUCAUGGCCCGGUUCUUGCAUAUAUGGCCAAGGUCGACAAUGCGGCGUCAUCAAGCCACACAGGGCUGAAGUGGUUCAAGAUCGGACAAGACACGUUCGAUACGUCGUCAAAGAAAUGGGGCGUUGACAACCUCAUCGCCAACAAUGGGUGGGCUUACUUCAACAUCCCAUCGUGCCUUGCACCGGGCCAAUACCUCAUGCGCGUGGAGAUCAUCGCGCUACACUCAGCGUACAGUCGCAACGGCGCUCAGUUCUACUCCUCAUGCUUGCAGCUCAAUGUCGGUGGUUCUGGUUCGUCGACGCCAUCUCCGGCUGUUUCAUUCCCAUUCUACGGGCAGGGCGAUCCAGGCAUCCAGACCAAUAUUUACGGCGCAGCGGGCGCGGCAGACAACAACGGCCAGGCCUACGCCGCUCCAGGUCCGGCCGUAGCAACUUGCUAA